UACGAAAAUAAACUGGGCCGAGACCAUAAAAAUACUGUACAUACGGAUACUGUACGGCACUGUAUGAGAUAUAUCCAAUCCAUUGUUUACUUUCACUUUGAAAUUUGACGACCGGCAAACGCAAUGUCGGUUACAUUCCAUACCGAUUUAGGUGAUUUGAAGAUAGAACUUUUCUGUGAACAAGUUCCCAUAGCUAGUGAGAAUUUUCUUGCAUUAUGUGCCAGUGACUACUAUAACAACUGUAAAUUCCACAGAAACAUCAAAGGCUUCAUGCUACAGACAGGAGAUCCUACAGGUACAGGUAAAGGUGGUAACAGUAUAUGGGGACGUAAGUUUGAGGAUGAGCUAAGAGAAGGUCUUAAGCACAAUGUAAGAGGAGUUGUAUCAAUGGCGAACAAUGGGCCGGACACCAAUGGUUCCCAGUUCUUCAUAACAUACAGUAAACAACCACAUCUUGAUAUGAAAUAUACAGUUGUUGGAAAGGUUAUAGAUGGAUUUGAAACGUUAGACGACUUUGAGAAACUUCAAGUAAAUGAGAAACAUCGUCCGGAGCGAGAUAUCUACAUACGUUCAGUCACAAUACAUGCAAACCCAAUAGCCGAUAAAGACUACAAGACGCAGAGAUGACACGCAAAAUUGUGACUUUUAAAGCAAUGCUAGAAAGUGUAUCAUGUUUAGCAAACUGUGGGGAAUGAUUUGGGAUCUUGGCACGCCAAAUUAAACAUGUAAAUGGACAAUAAUAUGGUGCACUUGAUAAUGACUGGUGGUGAAUCAUUAUUAUAUUGCAUGUUUGUAACACCAAUUCUAAUUGGACGAUUGUGAUGUUUAUAUUAUCAAUAUACUCUGCUGCUGUUAAUUUAUGAAUUAUCUUCAAGUUUGAUAAGGCAGUAUAAUAAAUUGGUUAUUCAGAGUUGAUUGAUUAUAUGGCCAUCUAUAAAUGUUAGUUUGCUAUAUAACUUUUGUUUAACACCUUAGAUGAUUAUAUGGUCAUCUUUAACUGUGAGUUUGCUAUAUAACUUUUGUUAAACACCUUAGGUGAUUAUUUGGCCAUCUUUAAAUAUUAGUUUGCUAUAUAACUUUUGUUUAACACCUUAGGUGAUCAUAUGGCCAUCUUUAAAUAUAAAUUUGCUAUAUAACUUUUGUUUAUCACCUUUGGUGAUUAUAUGGCCAUCUUUAAAUAUUAGUUUGCUAUAUAACUUUUGUUUAUCACCUUUGGUGAUUAUAUGGCCAUCUUUAAAUAUUAGUUUGCUAUAUAACUUUUGUUUCUCAACAUAGGUGAUUAUAUGGCCAUCUUUAACUGUUAGUUUGCUAUAUAACUUUGGUUAACACCUUAGGUGAUUAUGUGGCCAUCUUUAAAUGUUUGUUUGCUAUAUAACUUUUGUUAUAACACCUUAGGUGAUUAUAUGGCCAUCUUAAAUUAUUAGUUUGGUAAUAUUUUUUGUUUAACACCUUAGGUUAUAUAAGCUCACAAUAGUUAAUGUUGAACUACAUAACCUGUCGCUCUGCAACUAGUAAACAAGUGAAUGGUGAAUUUACUAUGACAUGCAUACAAAACUUUUUGAUAUAUAUUGUAAAUUCAGCAGUAACUUUAAGGCUUUGUGUAUUUAAUUAGCAAUGAAAUAAAUGUAUUAUAUCUGUGAAAGUU